AUGAAUUCUGGCCAAUAUACCCACUCACAACCACCACAUAUACGAAACGAUAUUCAAUCCUUACCAAAAUAUUUGGUUACAGUACUCUUUUCGCGAUUGAUAUUUGCGAUCAAAAUCAAACCUCCACUUUCCUUCAUCUCAUUUUUCUACCCUUCCCUUCCUCGUAUCACCGCUUCAUCUUUCUUCUUCUUUGUUAACCUUUGCUUCUUAAUGUUUUCAUUUUUCAUCUCUUCACUUCUUCUUCUUCUUCUUCUUCUUCUUCUUCUUCUUCUUCUUCUUCUUCUUCUUCUUCUUCUUCUUCUUCAUUUUUCACUUCUUUUUCUAUUUCACUUCAUUUUUUCAACGCUUUUCUCUUUCACUCUCAGUUUCACUUCUUCAUAUCACAAACACCGCCAUUGCUAUUCUCAGUUUCCUUCCCCUUACACUCUUGACCUACCCGCCAUUUCUCCCCUGCUAUUAUACUCGUUACCACCUUGCCCUUCCCAUAAACACCGGUUCUUUUGCAUCCCCAUCUCUUUCUUAUUUGUGCAUCGGCCGCUGAAUAUUGCCGAAAGCAUUUCUCAAAUCAGAUCCAAGUAUGUCGACUCGGCCCUUUCUGUUGGUCCGUUACGUAUCUUUGCUUCGUAUCAAUUACCGGAGCUAUCUAUCUAUCUAUCUAUCUAUCUAUCUAUCUAUCUAUCUAUAUCGAUCUAUGCAGGUGUAUAUGUACACAAGUACAUAGUUUAUGUGCAUCUCCAGGUUUAUUUCAUAUUCUGA